AUGUUAAAGGUGAGUUUGUUUUAUUUUAUGAAGCAUCUUGAUUUGAACAUGGCGACUGCUUCCAGUUUCCUAUCCGAAGAACAGUUUCUGUGCUCCAUCUGUCUGGAUGUGUUCACAGAUCCGGUCACCAUACCAUGCGGACACAACUUCUGUAAGACGUGCAUCACAAAGCACUGGAACAUCAGCCGCCACCAGCAGUGUCCGCUGUGUAAGGAACAGUUUGAUCCCAAACCAGCUCUGCGGAUCAACACCUUCAUAUCCGAGAUGGCUUCUCACUUCAGGAAUGCCAGGAGCUUGUCAGGACAAGUAUCGGCCGGCUCAGGAGGGAUUCUGUGUGAAGUGUGCACCAAACCCAAACAGAAAGCCUUUAAGUCCUGCCUGGUGUGUGCUACUGCCUAUUGCCAUACUCACCUGGAGCCUCAUACGAGAAUCACAGUGCUGAAGAGACAUACAUUGAUCAAUCCAGUCAUGAAACUGGAGACCAUGAUGUGUGGGAAGCAUGAGAGGCCUCUGGAGCUGUUCUGCAAGACCGAUCGGAGGUGCAUAUGUCCAAGCUGUGCUGCGUCCGACCACAAAAAGCACCGGGUUGUUGCUCUGACGGAAGAGUGUAAAGAAAAGAAGAAAGAGCUGGAGAAGACCAGAGUUUGUGUUGAGGAGAUGAUUCAGGAGAGAUUACUAAAGAUGGAGCAGUUUAAGCAGUCGGUGAAGCUCAGCAAGCGGAAUGCGGAGGAAGUGACAGCAGCUGUUGCGGAGGACUGUUCGGAUCUCAUCAAUGCUGCAAGAAAAAGUCUGGAUCAUUUCAUCGACGUGAUUGUACAGAAGCAGAAAGCAACAGAAGAACAGGCAGAAGGUUUCAUAAAGGAGCUGGAAGAGGAAAUCUCCACGCUGAUGAAGAAAAGAUCUGAGCUGAUGCAGCUGUCGCAAAUCGAAGACCACUUCCAUCUGCUCCAAAACACCCCAACAAUGACGGUUACCGCCAAGGACUGGACCAAGGUCAGAGUCCAGUCCUCCUGCGAUGCGACAGUGAGGACGGCUGCAGCUCAACUGGAGACGAUCAGAACAGAGAUGAAGAAGCUCUGCGCUCGCAUUGAACUUGCGAGAGUCCGGCUGUAUGUAGUGGACGUGACUCUGGAUCCGAAUACUGCAAACCCCUAUCUGGUGAUGUCCGACGAUGGGAAAACUGUACGAUGCAGUGAUGGUGCACAGGUUCUCCCAGACAAGCCAGAGCGACUGUCAGCCUUUGGAAUCUUGGGAAAGCAAAGUUUCUCCUCAGGACGAUUUUACUACGAAGUUGAAGUUAAAGGGAAAACUAAAUGGGAAUUAGGAGUGGUCCAAGAGUCUAUUGACAGGAAGGGUGAGAACGCCAUUUGUCCUGAAAACGGCUACUGGGCUGUAUGGCUAAGAAACAGCCAUUACAGAGCUCUUACCGGGCCCUCUGUGCCUCUGGUUUUGGUGUCUGAGCCCCAGAAGGUGGGGGUUUUUGUGGAUUAUGACGAGGGUCUAGUUUCCUUUUAUGAUGCUGAGGCAGCACAUCUCAUCUUCUCCUUUACUAGCUGUAACUUCAGUGAGAAACUCUAUCCUUACUUCAGUCCCUGUCCUAGUGACGGUGGCAAAAACUCAGCCCCUCUGAUCAUUUCCAGCAUCAGCCACACAUUAAACGGAUAGCCCAAAUGCAGUCACAUAUCGCUUUAAGAAAACAUUUUUGACUUACUCAAGUUAUAUUUGACGUAAAAAUGUAUU